AUGUUUGGAGUAUUUGCUGUUGAAAAGGGGCAACAACUUUCAGGUACAAUGAAAGCACUCAUACUACUGGUUAAAGCUAUAUUAUGGCUGGUGGCAAUCUUCCAGUGGUUCAUCUCCCUGAUAUUCUCGCUUAUAUACUCUGGAAAAUCUGAUAAGGUUCCACCAAUCACAGAUGACCUGCUGUUUGAGAGUGCAUCAGCACUUGCAAGACAAAUCAGAAGUCGCAAGCUUACGAGCACAGACGUUGUACAGAGAUACAUCAAGCGUAUCAAAGAUGUCAACCCUAUUAUCAAUGCAAUGGUAAAGAACCGCUUUAGAGAUGCCCUCAAAGAAGCCAAAAAGGUGGAUGAAAUACUUGACAGUGGUGACAUACCAGAGGAGUAUUCAGAAGAGAAGAAACCUUUCCUGGGUGUACCUGUUUCUAUAAAAGAGUGCUUUGCUCUUGUUGGAAUGCCAAACAACUCUGGACUGGAAGCACGGAAGCAGCUUCGAUGCCACGAAGAUGCACCAGUUGUGGCUAACAUAAGACAAUCUGGUGCAAUCCCUCUAGGCGUGACAAACACCAGUGAGCUGUGCAUGUGGUUGGAGUCUGCCAACUGGGUGUAUGGAAGAACUAAGAAUGCUUAUGAUACAACCAGACUUGUUGGAGGAAGUUCAGGUGGGGAAGGUAGUCUUAUCUCAGCUGCAGGGUCAGUGUUUGGUCUUGGUUCAGAUAUAGGUGGCUCUAUACGCAUGCCCGCCUUCUUUAAUGGGAUCUUUGGCCACAAACCGACACAUGGUGUUGUACCAAAUGAGGGGCAGUUUCCGAAUGCUGAUAGUGCAAUCCAGGAGUAUUUGUUGUGUACUGGUCCCCUGUGUCGCUAUGCCGAUGACCUUGAACCCAUGUUGAAGGUCAUGGCAGGAGAUGGUGUGAAGAAACUGAAGUUAGGAACAGAGGUUGACCUCAGUAAGAUCAAAGUGUACAGUAUAGCAGAAAAUGGAGGACUCUUAGAGAGUUCUGUUGAGUAUGACCUGAGACAUGCACAGAAGCAGGUGGAAAGUUACUUCAAAAAUGACCUCCAAGUCCCAGUGGAGAAUGUAGUUAUUAAACAAUUGAGGCAUUCCCUAGCUAUAUGGGCCUCCAAGAUGUCUGAAGGUGAUGAAAAACAAACUUUCUGUGAACUUAUGGGUAGUGGAACUCAUUUGAAUUGUUGGUUGGAGCUCCUAAAGCACAUGAUCGGCAAAUCGACUCACACGCUACCAGCGAUAUGUUUAGGCAUGGUAGAAAUUUUCGGGAAACUCCCAAAUGAUAAGGUGGUUCGACUGAAUGCAAUUGCAGAAGAAUUGAAACAAGAAAUUAAUGAUUUGCUGGGUGAUAAUGGUAUAUUGCUGUACCCAACACAUCCCAAAGUGACAUAUUACCACAAUGAGCCCUUAGUUUACCCAUUUAACUUCCCAUACACAGGUAUAAUGAAUGUGCUAGGGUUUCCUGUUACACAAGUUCCUUUAGGUUUGGGUAGUAAGGGUCAGCCCUUGGGCUUACAGGUUGUUGGUGGUUACCAUAAUGAUCAUCUAACACUUGCUGUUGCUAGGCAAUUAGAGAAAGCAUUUGGAGGUUGGGUACCCCCAUCAUAGACAAUGUGCCAUAAAAAUGUAUUGUAGACUAGACAAUGUACAUGUGCCAUUGUAAUUACACCGUCGGUUUUGUCAACAAAAGCCCAAGACAAAAUGGCGUAAUGGUUAUGUACCUCAGCUUAGAACUUUGCCAUAGCCAGAGAUAUCAUCUGGGUCAUGCUUGCCAAAAGAAGUUAUGUAUAUUAGUGGUUUCUAUAAGGUAUAUAUUCCCUAUUGAAGUCUAUGUUAAACACUUAAGUCGAUAUUGACCAGUAUAUUCAACAUUCAUAUAAGGUGUGAAGUGAAUGACAAGCCUGUUGCCAGGGGUGAGAGGUUCGAGGGGUGCACCCCCUCCCCUUGACCAAAGAUUCUUUCAAAAUGAUGAAUCAUGCAGUUUUUCAUCAUUCUGGGCACUUUACAAGUUAUUUUGGGCCAAUAGUCCAAUGUGAACCCCCCUGACAUUUUUUAAAAAGUGAC